AUCAUUUUCUCUCUCUCUCUCUCUAUAUCUUUUUCUUUGCAAAGAGAGAACAACUCAGCUGGCAGCUCCUAUCAGAAUCCACAAAACACAUACACAAAGAAAGAAAGACAGACCCACAAGCUAGCCCACUAUGCGAUAACACAUACCCAAAAGAAAAAGAUGUUCUAGAAUUAUGAGCAUAUCACUAUAGCUGCUAUGCUACAAUAAGAGAGAGAAAACAAAAAGUUCUUUUAUUUUUUUAUACAAUAAACCCCACCCAAAUUUUUUUUUUUUUUUUUUUUUAAAUCUUUAUAGAGAGAGAAAGAGAGAGAUUAGUAUAUGAUAUUCGAUCAUGGAAGCUGAUCAUCAAAAUGGGAUCCGCAGACCCAAUUUCCCAUUGCAACUGUUAGAGAAAAAAGAAGAACAACAAGAACAACCACAACCACCCUCAACCGCCAUCGUACACGGUGGUGCAUGCGACGGCGUUUCCAAGAAGCCGCCGCCGAAGCGGGCCUCGACGAAGGACAGGCACACCAAGGUGGACGGCCGCGGCCGCCGGAUCCGCAUGCCGGCGGCCUGCGCCGCAAGAGUGUUCCAGCUGACGAGGGAGCUCGGCCACAAGUCCGACGGCGAAACCAUCGAAUGGCUGCUCCAGCAGGCGGAGCCAGCCGUGAUCGCCGCCACCGGAACCGGCACCAUUCCCGCCAACUUCUCUUCCCUUAACAUCUCGCUUCGCAGCUCUGGCUCCACCUUAUCAUCACCCUCCCACUACUUCAGAAACAACAACAACAACAACAACAACAACUACUUCAACCCCAUAACAACAACAACAACAACAAACUUCUCCGCCACGCGGAACCGAAGCGAGUGGGAGAGAAACAUGGUCGUAAUUGAAGAUUCUAGAAGGGCCUUGUUCCCUGACAAUUCUUCUAUAUCUUCUUUUCUGAAUUUCAACUCUGCUGCUAAUAAUAACUUAAAUGCUGCUCUGCAUGCAAAGCAAGAGCUCCGGGAAGAACCCGGCAACGGUUUGGGAAGAAAGAGAAGACAAGAACAAGAAACGUCUCUGAGUCAGAUAGGAAGCUAUUUAUCACAGUCAAGUACAGGCUCGGUUCCGGCGAGUCAUGCUUCAAUUCCGGCGAAUUUUUGGAUGAUGAGCGGUGGUGGCGGCGGUGGUAACAUUGGUGGUGAUCCCAUUUGGGCAAUUCCCUCUAUUGGGAAUAGUAAUAUGUAUAAAGGGUCCAUGUCUAGUGGUGGUAGUAGUGGUGGCAUUCAUUUUAUGAAUUUUGCUUCUCCAAUGUCUUUAUUGCCUAAUCAACAUCUAGGUUCUGGCAUGGUUGGUGGUGGUGGUAUGGUAACUGAAAGCAACUUAGGUAUGCUUGCAACCCUUAAUGCCUAUAGGCCUUAUUUGGCCGGCGGUGGCGGCAGCGGUGUUCCGGAAUCUUCGACAAAUGCCGGACAACAUCAGCAUCAUGGAGGAGAUGAGGGACAUGAAACAACGUAGUACUCAACAUCAAUUCAUGAGGGUCAAAUGAUAACAAGUGUAUGACCUGAUGCUAGUUUCUUAUUAAUUUCCUUCUACUACUACUACUUUUAUCAGUACUUUUGGUUGCAACACAUGCAGGCACAAGUUUGAUUGCUUUGAUAUUGAGUUCAAUAUUCAAUUUUGGUGUGAUUUUGCUGAGGAUCCAUCUUAGGGUUUGAGAAGAAACAUACGUAUAUUUUAACAAGGGUAUUCGACAAUAAUUGCUAUGCUAUAUAUAAAGGUAUUACAUGGCGGUUAUGUGAGCUUUUAAUUUUGGUGCUGAAAUUUUGGGAAAAUGAACUAACUAGACUCUGCCAAAAGAACGUUAAUCCCCGGACCCGCCCAGAAUCGAACUAGUCGCGAAGUAUUGAACCGAUUGGAAUUUAUCCAAAAAAUACUUCUAAAGAAAUGUUAAGAACUAAAUGGAAGGAUAUAUAAAUAUGGGGACUCUUCAAAACAGUAACAAAUUCUUUAGUUAUUCCCAAAAAAGUGUAUGUUUAGUUGAAAGAAAAGAUACUACAACAUAUAGUUGUAUACGGUGCAUUCGGGAAGGAUGAAUUGCUCUCAAAAAGGAAUCUAUUGAUUCUCUCCCAAUUGGUUG